AUUUAUAAUUUGCGGUUGUCAGGAACGACAUAGUUUCUUGGGAAGCAUUGUGCAAUUCCAGAGAAAGUGAAGAUUACAGCCGGUUGCUGGUAAGUGCCCAUUUGGCUGCAGUAGCAGGUGGAGUCACAAGCUUUGGUGAAGGUCUUCACUGUCUAAAGUGCCAUCAAUCAGAGAACGAUGGGUGAGUGGGAUUUCCUGGGCCGUCUGCUGGACAAGGUGCAGACCCACACCACGGUCAUCGGGAAGGUCUGGCUCACCGUCCUCUUCGUCUUCAGGAUCCUGGUCUUGACUACCGGAGCCGAGAAGGUGUGGGGGGACGAGCAGUCGGGUUUCAUCUGCAACACGAAGCAGCCCGGCUGCGAGAACGUCUGCUACGACCGCGCCUUCCCCAUCUCCCACAUCCGCUUCUGGCUCAUGCAGAUCAUCUUCGUCUCCACGCCAACCCUGAUGUACCUGGGACACGUUAUCUUGGUCGUGCAUAAGGAGAAAAAGCUAAGAAUGCACUUGGAGGAGCACCCAGAGAACCAGUGCCCAAAGCUGCCCAAAUACUCAGAUGAACAUGGAAAGGUGGCUCUCAAAGGGAAUCUUUUAGGCAGUUACCUGACCUCGGUGUUCUUCAAGAUCCUGUUUGAGACGGCCUUCAUCGUGGGCCAGUACUACCUCUACGGCUUCAUGCUAGAUCCCAUGUUUGUCUGCUCCAGAUCUCCAUGUCCCUUCCACGUCGAAUGCUACAUGUCUCGGCCGACAGAAAAGACCAUCUUCAUCAUCUUCAUGCUCGUCAUGGCCUGUGUGUCUCUGAUUUUGAAUGUACUGGAGAUUUUUUACUUGAUUUGCUCCAGAUGUGGGUCAAAAAGAAAAACAAAGGGCACCCCAAUGCGUGUUAACGGAAGACACACUUAAAGUAGCUGAUGAAAAACAAUUGAAAGUAUGAAAGUAUGAAGUAUGAAAUUUGUGAUCACACUUAUAUACACACUAAUGUUUCAUGAUGUACAUUUUUAGGAUCACAUUCUCAUAGGUGGAUAUGUAGUAGUGAAAAGUUUUAUUUUUUAUUUUCUCCAGGUGUUUUGUACAUAUAAGUCUUUAUAGAAAUAUAUUUAGUGCCCUGGUAUUGAAUCAUCACAGAAAAAUGUAGGAGCUACAUACAUACUGUAUAUGUACUGCUGAAAUUCAUCUGUCUUAAUGCUUUAUAAAUUAUUCUUUAACUUCAUAAAUAAUUGCUUGACUUUAACAAGCUGGAAUCUCA